AUGACCCACCCCAAAAAGUACGUCAUUCGGCACGGAACGCCACAGCCCCCCCGUUUACCCAGGGUUGCACAUAUGAACUUGUCGCUCGGUGAGCCGCGCGACCCAGACUUCUUUGCGCGGGAACACCUUUUCCUGCAGCAGGUGUUUUACGCAUUGAGACGGAACGACCAGGUGGGUAAGAUUAAGGUGGGUAAGAUCAAGGUGGGGAACAUGAUGUUGAUUCUGCGUGCGAGCCACACCGGAAGUGAUGGUACCACCCACGGUGAUGGGGGGUAA